CGAGCUAAGCUCAACUAACAUACUCGUUACAGUAGAUAAUCCAUUUCCGCCAAAUGAGCUGACUGGAUCAGAAUCCUGUUCGUGGUAUGUAAGAAGUAUGUGGAUCCCACUGGUGAUAUCGGAGAUAUUGUUUUCUAUUAUGUCAGAAUAACACCUCAGCAAAUCUCCUACAAAGUACAAACGUUCAUCGUGGUUUCCUUACGGAUGGGAUGGCUGACUUCGACGCAACUUUGGAAGAUGUGCUUGCAGGCGCAGCCCAAGGUGGAGUAAAUGAUUCGACGGCUGUGAGUAUGUCGGAUUUAGUGAACUCGUUCAAAGACAUUUGGCGAAAUGAACGAUAUGCCCCAGAGUUGCUGCCAGAAAAAAUGUAUGUUGUUGACUGCCUUUUGGAUCAGAUCAAACAGAAGGAAGCGGACGCCUCUGCUCUGCAGCAAGGAGCUGCUGGAACGGUGGACCGUGAUGCAUGUACAUUGAUCAGACUGGAAUGCAGUCGCAUUCGGUUUAUGAUCUCCAAUUAUCUCCGCUGUCGAUUAGCGAAAAUUGAAGAUUUUUGCAUGUACCUCAAACAGUUACCUGCAAACGAGCAAAGUGUACGACUCAGUCGCCCUGAAAUGGUGUACUUGUACGGUCUGGUGGAAAAAAUCGAGGAGCACUUGAAGUCGUCGAUAGGCCUAUUUCUGCCUCCGGGUAUCGGUGUACUGGACGACAGAUCGGGAUGGUAUAAAACUCCGACACGGCCGAAAAUGGAUAUGUUUAUCAUUGCUAAGCCCAGGGAAGAGUUGGCACAGGUGCGCCUGGAUGAUCGCGUGCUGCCCGGAAGAGUUGAACACGAAGAUUUGCAAGCUGGAGGACAGUACUUACUCCGCUACACAUCUAUUAGGGACUAUAUUUUUACGGAUGAUGAGCAUAUCUUGAAAGCAAAAGCGAUCCUGAUGUAAAAUUUUCCUGCGGUUUUCCGUUUCCCUCAACCUUUCAUAUUCUAUUUCUACGUGUUUUUUUUACAAAUUUUUUAAGUUUUAUUCUACGCGGUGUUAUUCAUUUUCGGCUCCUACUUUUAACGUCCUCAUUAAUUUAUGUAAAUUCUACAUUGGUCUGUUUGUAUGCUUAUCAGCUUUGCUACUUCAUAAAAAAUAAGAACAUAGCUUUUAACAAGCCUGUGCCAACAAUAAUAAGAACAACCAUGUGGUCUGUUUUGUUAAUUUCUUCUGAUUGGCGUUCCGUAAAAUA